AAAAAAAAAAUCCACACUUCAGACAUUCGGGCGUUUGUCAUUCGAUGUUCAAAAUUGUCGUAGAGGAAUCCAUGUGAUGUUGAUAUAAUUUUUUUUGAGUUGCUUAAAUUAAUUUUGCCAUUAUGUCUGCUUCGCGUUUUUUGUGCGUAUUCUUGAUUUGUAUAGCAGUAUCCCACGGUUAUCAUUCUAAUAUUGAUUUCAAAUCAAAGAAUGGUACAAUAUUAACUAAAAGUACAAAUGAUAUUGAUACAUCUUUAACAAUCUUCAAUACAGAAUUUUUUGACAAGGAAAAAAAAAUAGUUGCGCAUAAAAAUGUAAUGACCAAAGAGUGUGUAUUAACACUAGUGGAUUAUCAAGCCAACAUUAUACAUUUUAAAAACAAUUAUGACCAAAAUAUGGAAUUAACUGAAGAUGAAAUGGUUGAAAUUAUUGGAGAAAAUUUAAGAAACUUUUGCAAAGAUAAAAUCAUUAUUUUAAAUAACUUUGACAAUAAACGUUUUAGUAGAUCUAAACGAUCAACAGAUAAGAAACGAUACCAAGGUCAAACCCAAACUCAAUUUGUUAGUUUUGGUUCAAAAACUUCUAAUCAAGAAGCAAAAAAUGGAUUAGCCGAAGCUUUGUCACAACCUGAUUUAUCGAGGGCAACUGUCAGUGGUUUGAACGGUAUGGGACAAGCUCAAAGUCAGUCAAGCUUUAGUGAUUGUGAUGAUUGUUCUGGACAGGAUUAUAGAGCGCAUUCAACACACGUGGACAAUUCUCAUACAGGGCAUUUUCCAUCACUUCGACCCAUAAGUUCUGUUCCUCAAAAUCAAAAUUCAAGACCAUAUAGUGAAUCAAAUACAAAUAGACAGUCACCAGGCUCACAAAAUGAAGAAAGUCAAAGAGGACAUUCUAUCAAUGAUCAAUACCCAGAUACAUACCCAGGUUCAGGAAUAAACAAUUUAUUGCCAGCUAAUCAAGUUCAUGGAUAUGGUGUCAGGCCAUCUGUCAAUGGUCAGUAUCCAGGAUCGGGAACAAACAACAAAUUACCAGGUAACCAAGAUCAAGGAUAUGGCGUCAGCCCUUCUAUCGUUGGUCAAAAUCCAGGUUCAGGAACAAACAAUAAAAUACCGGGUAACCAAGAUCAAGGAUAUGGUACAAAUCCGUCUAUUGAUGGUCAAUAUCCAGGUUCAGGAAUAAACAAUAAAUUACCAGGAAAUCAAGAUCAAGGAUACGGUAUCAGGCCAUCUAUCGAUGGUCAAUACCAGGGAUCAAGAACAAACAAUAAAAUACCGGGUAAUCAAGAUCAAGGAUAUGGUAUCACUCCGUCUAUAGAUGGUCAAUACCAGGGAUCAAGAACAAACAACAAAGUACCAGGUAACCAAGAUCAAGGAUAUGGUAUCAGCCCGUCUAUCGUCGGGCAAUAUCCGGAUACAGGAACAAACAAUAAUUUAUCGGGAAAUCAAGAGCGUGGAUAUGGUAACGUACCUUCUCUUUAUGGUCAAUAUCCAGGUAAAAAUGAAGGUUCAGGAUCAAAUAAUAAUACAGAACUAGGUAAAAUAGACUCAGGUCAUACACAUAGUUCUGCGAGCGAUCAGAAUCGGAACUUAGUAAAUGCAAAUUCACCAGAAUCCAAAAAAGUUGUUAACAAUAAUGUUGUUAACCCAAACACGUAUUCUAUUAAUCCUAGUCCAUUUAAUCCCAGUAGUUGGAGCUAUCCAAAUAAAAUCACUAAUAAUAAUCCUAAUGUAGAUCAGCAAAUUUAUCUUGAUGGGUCAGGCUUUCCUAAUGUUCCUCCGGGCCCAGGUCAUGAAAUACUGACUCCACAUUAUAUACCUAAUUCCGAAUGGAUAAGUCCUAGUUACAACCCACAAGUACCAACAACGACUUCAAUAGAACAUCAAAAUAAACCAUCUAAUUAUCCAUCUAAUCUUAUACCUAACUAUCAACAAAAUUUUCCAAAUGUUUUAGGUCAAUUAACACCAAAUAAGCCUAUUUCAAGUGAUAGAAACUCACAAAACGAGCAAAAGAUUAAAAAUGAUGCUGCUGGAACUAUACUAACUGGAUAUCCGUUGUCUUCAAAUAUACACGGUGGCCAAGAUUAUACCCAAUUAAAUUUACCUUCAUUAUGCAAUUUCUUGUACCAGACGUGUCUUAAUGCAUUAUCGAAUAAUAAAAGAUUAAAUGAAUUUCAAAUAACUAGUUCACAAAAUAACGAAAAAAAUCCAAAUGAAGUAAAACAAGCUGAUAUUACUCAACAGCAAGGUUACCCUUUAUAUGGAGGACAAAAUAAUCAAAAUCAAAUACAACCUAGUUCUAGUCAGCCUCUAUAUACAAUUGGAUCUGGCGGGACGGGUGUCCAGCAACCUGGAUACGUUCAAUCGGGUGGAAAUUUAAAUCAAAUGCAACCUAAUUAUGGCCAACCUCAAGGCACAUCAGACUUUGGAGGAUCUGGUAUUCAGCAAUCCGGAUACGUUCCACCUGGUGGGAAUGUUAAUCAAAUUCAACCAAAUUAUGGCCAACCUCAAAAUACAUUAGGCUUUGGAGGACCUGGAUACAAUCCAUCGGGAGGAAAUAUAAAUCAAAUUCAACCUAGUUACGGUCAGCCUCAAGGAACAUUAGGAUCUAGCAGUACUGGUACCCAUCAACCUGGAUACGUUCAGUCGCUUGGAAAUGUGAAUCAAAUGCAACCUAAUUUUGGCCAACCCCAAGGUGCAUUCGGCACUGGAGGAUCUGUUUUUCAGCCACCUGGAUACACUCCAUUGGCUGGAAAUAUUAAUCAAAUGCAACCUAAUUAUGGCCGACCUCAAGGCCCAUUAGACCUUGGAGGAUCUGGUUUUCAGCAGCCCGGAUACGUUCCGUCUGGUGGAAAUGUCAAUCAAAUGCAACCUAACUAUGGCAAAUCUCAAGGUACAUUAGGAUCUGCCGGGGCUGGUGUCCAGCAACCUGGAUACGCUCCAUCAGGUGGAAAUGCAAAUCAAAUUCAACCUACUUAUGGUAAGCCUCAAGGAACAUUAGGAUCUGGAGAGUCUGGGUUUCAGCAACCUGGAUACAAUCCAUCGAGUGGAAAUAUAAAUCAAAUGCAACCUAGUUAUGGCCAGCCUCAAGGUAUAUUAGGAUCUGGAGAGUCUGGUUUUCGGCAACCUGGAUACAAUCCAUCGGAUGGAAAUAUAAAUCAAAUGCAACCUAGUUAUGGCCAGCCUCAAGGUACAUUAGGCUCUAGGGAGUCCGAUUUUCAGCGACCCGGAUACGUUCCAUCAGGCGGAAAUGUAAAUCAAAUGCAACCUAGUUAUGGCAAACCCCAAGGUACAUUAGGAUCUGGUGAGGCUGGUGUCCAGCAACCUGGAUAUAAUUCAUCAAGAUUACCUCAAAGUUAUCCCGAAUCGUAUGGUGAUAACAGUUUUAGAGGUCCAUCUCUUAGGCCAGGAUCAGAAAUGGAAAAUAUUAAUCCAUCACCAAAUCCGAUAAUCGGUGGUCAAUUUGGAACAGAUAUAUCAUCUGGAGGUUCUGUGACUCCUAUUGACACUGAAGGAGGAGACGCGCAAUCCAUGACUAAUGUAGAUGUUGAUGGGCACGAAACUAGAGCGUCGGCUUCAGCUCAAGGAAAGUCCAAAACAGGUAUGAGUCAGACACAAGUAUCUGGAUCAUAUUUAGGAACAGGAACGUUUUCUGCUCAAGCUCAAACAAGCGAUAGCGAUAAAGGAGCUCAAAGCCAAAUUGUAAGUAAUACAAAUGGUACAACAAGUUCAGCUCAAGGAAAAGGAGGAAAGGGACAAGCACAAUCCCAAGUUCUUUAUAAUGCAGAUAAUGGCAUUGCUUUAGGCGAAGCACAAAGCUCAGGAAUUAAUUAUGGGACAAACACUCAAUUGCAAGCUGGUAUAAAAGGAGGAGUGGCAGAUGCACAAUCAACUGGACCAGGAAGUACUUCUAGUCAGGCUCAAAUAGGUUUCUUACCUCAUGAGUCUAACAACAGCACUAAUCAAAAGUCAUUAUUCAAAGGUGGCGGUGCAACUUCAGCUCAAGCUGGAUCAUAUAGUGGUCAAUCGCAAAGUCAAUUGUUUGGGUCAUAUAAGCAUGGAAUUUCAUACAACGGUGCUGCUCAAGCAAGUACUGGUAAAAAACUUCAAAACUUACCAAAAUUAAAUUUGGCUGAUGCCAAGUUAAAAAUUGGACAACUGGAAGGAUCUAAUAUUGAAAUUAAAAAUCAAACUGAUGCACUCCAGAACUUAAAGUCUGUUCCAAAUCUAAUACAAUCUCAAAAUAAGUCAGAAAUUUCUAACGUUGAUUACCAAAAGCAACAAAAUAUCUCUUCAACGCAGACACCAUCUAUUUUACCACAAGAAUCGUCUAAGAAUGUUGAUGUUUAUCCUGAAUAUGAAGAUAAUGAUGAGUAUGAUGAAGAUAGUGAUGAAAUCGUAAAUACAAAAUCAGUAGAAACAAAAAAAGAAACAAUCCCAAAGCAAGAGCAAAAUAUUAUUUUAAAAUUAGAUGACAAACAUGAUGCCCAAAUUACUCGUGAUUCUGAUAGUCAGCUGAAAUCUGGACAAGUGUUAGAUGCUGGUCAAGUUAUACCAGGGACUAAUGGAACUAAAAUACCAAAUGGAUUUAGAGGAAUAGUAGCUUCGGUAGCAGGAGACCACACCGAAGCUAAGGCAAUUCCGGGAGGUCAAGCUCAAACCCAAACUGUAUUCUUAACACCCGGAAUAGGUAGUUUAACGGUGGUAGACAAAACAAAAUUAAGAGCACAGUUAAAUAAAGAAUCAUAUGUUAGCCCAACUAAUAAGUUCCAAACUGAAAUUAAUGGAGGAAUAGGCAAAUAUAAACCAUACGAAAAGAAUGUCCAGUAUUUUACUAAGUCAUCAACUUGUGGUUACUUUUCAUUUUCAUGUAACUAUGUAAAUGGAAAAGAUGGGGCUAAAAUAUGCAAACCAAAUCCACCACCUUUCCCAUGCCAGGGAACUAAAAAUUAAUGAUUAUAACAAACAGUAUAAUAUUUAUUUUUUUAAACAAUUAUUUAUAUUUUAGAUAAGUUAAUUUAGUACAAAAUUGUAUACUUAUUAAACCUAACUUUGUACUAUGGAAUUAAGUAGUUCUAUUAAAGUAACAUUUAAUAUCUUAUAUGCUAUUUAACUAUUAUUUGUUUCCCACGUGAUUAUUGUUAUAUAAAAGAAAACUCACAAAUACUAAAUGUAUAACUACAUAAUAAGACAAUAAAAAAAUGGAAAAUGAAAAUAUCUAAUGUGUUUGAAGAAUACAAAACAAGUAUAAAAUAUAAGUUAUAAAAUAAAAUAUUAAAUAUAGAUUUAGUGAAUGUGUUUUGAUUUUAUGGCAAGAUCAUAAAAAAGGUAUUUUCUAUAAGUGUAUAAUAUAUAUACAAAAAAAAAAAUUAUAAUAUUAAAUAUUU